UACACACGUUUUAUUCCAAGCAAAAUCUGCUGCCUAAGAAUGAAGAUCAUUUGUAGUGUUCUUCUACUUUUGCUAGUUGUGUCUUCGGUUGAAGCAAAUGCACCAAGAUAUCCUCCAUCAAAUGAUGACUAUGAUUAUGACAGGUGUGAAGCAAUUUUUGAGAAUUUUGGUUGUGUAGAUUCAUCAAAUGUAUGUGAAGAACGCUGUAUAGAGUCGUGUUACAAAGGUGUAGGUGAUAUCUAUAGUUAUUGUGAUGAUGAUAAAAAUUGUCAUUGUCACCCUAUGAGAGGUGGUCCUUGUCCUCCUCUACCUGACUGCCCCUUAGUUACUAAAAAGAAUGUUACAUCCACAUUUCAUUGAUUAAAUUAUUGAAGAGAA